UUUACGUCAAUGUAAGUCUCCAAAACCACCACAAAAGUCAAAUCACUCAAAGGUGAAUAGUAAAAUUCACUAAAAAAGAAAGUGAAAGGCCUGGUAAAAUGAUAAUUAUCUGAAAUUUGCAGUGCAGAUAAGUGAAAAGAACUAGAAAUCCAGAUUGUUUAAAGAUAAAUUAAAAUAGAAAUUUAAAGUAUCACAAUGUUGAGGGUUUUGUUUCACUUGCUUGGAGCCAUACAAUUUUCCUAUGGUUGCUAUUACGACUAUACAUACGUGCAAAUUCCGAGUACGUCGACGACUGUAACUACAUUUGGUGGAAAGUUUAAAUACUUAACUUACUUGAACGCGAUGCUGCAAACUGUAUACUUCACAGUAGCUGUGAUCAAUGACCUGGCUGGUACAAAUGAAUCAUCACCAUCAAAUAAGCCACUUGUAAGAAGAACAAAAGAUGUGUUAUUCAGUGCCCUUGCAUUUCCCUUGGCUAUGUUUGUGGGUGUGACAUUCUGGGGCAUAUAUGCAGUUGAUAGAGAGCUCAUUUUGCCUAAGAUGAUGGAUGCAUACUUCCCUACAUGGUUGAAUCAUGUGAUGCAUUCUAAUAUUGUAGUUUUUACUAUAGUUGAACUCGCAACCUCAUUUAGAAUGUAUCCUAAAAGAAAAUUUGGUCUAUCAAUACUGACUACAUUCAUGUUAUUUUAUGUCAUAUGGAUUCAUUUUAUAUAUUUUAAAACAGGAAGUUGGGUAUACCCUAUUCUGUCUGUACUGAACUGGCCUUUAAGAAUAUUCUUUUACUUAUUUAGUCUUGGAUUUGUUUGUGGUUUAUAUACAUUGGGAGAGUCCCUGAAUCAGUCAAUAUGGGCUAAAGAGGUAGAAUAUACUGUUAAAUCAGAAAAGAAAAAAGCUAAGUAAAAGGUUGAUGAUUGGUUGAUUGCCUAUGAUUACUUUAAUGUUAUGUUUAUCAUAAUUUUUUUAUAAUUUUAUUUAUUUGGUGUGGAAGUUAUUUACUAAGGUGAUAGAAAAUUGGUGUAUGUGUGGUUGAUAAUUCAGAUUAAUAUGUGAGGCUUUAGAUAUUUAAUGAAAAUGUAAAGAUUAAGAAAAUUCCAAGUAAUAAAAGUUUUUAAAAUAGUAAAAGCUAGAUUAACUUGCUUUAAAUAUUUAUAAGUGAUUGACGUUCACAAAAUGCUGAAUCAAUUUAAAUUAAUUUAUCUCAAUCUAUUGUUUAUAAGGUUAUUCAAAUGGAAUAUUAUGUGGAUUAAAAUAAUAUAGAUAAGAUAAAUUAAUUGGGGCCUGAUAAGUUAUUGCUUAGCAUAAAAUAAUAUAAAAAAAAUUAUGCACAGAUAAGAUAGUUACAUCAAUUCAUAAAACUUUAAUUUUUUACUAGAAAUUGUUUAUCACAUGUUGAGUCUGGCCAUUUUAGUUUUGUAUCUGCGUAAAAUAAUAGCAACUUUUUAAAAUUCUACAAUAAUAUUGUGAUUUUUUUCUUUUAAUAAUAAUUUUACAACAGAUUUAUCUUUAUGAAAUGAUCCAUUUUUAUUGCAGAAUCAUGCUCAAGCUAAAUUGGAAAUGUCAUAUGUACUAAAUAUGUGAUAAUUAUCCCAGUGUUUUAAUAAUAAUAAUUAUAACAUUCUGAUAGUGCUACUUUAUUAUUAGGAUAAUAAUUAUUCUUUAUUAUCGCUUUUUGUUUGUGCACACCAAUUCUUGAUUAGAGAUGGGGGGGGAAUAUGGUUAUGCUAGGACAUUUAAAAAUCAUGUUGAAUGGGGUACAUAUGUAAAUAACAAUUCAUUCCUAAAUAAAAAGUUAUGUAGUUAAUGUUAUUUCUAUUUAACUGUUGUGAUAAUCCUUACUCACCUCUAUAAAAAAACAAUAUAAUUACUUGUCUUUAAUUUAAUUUUUAGUAAAUUUUGUGAUGCAUUUUUAUGUGUGUUAUAAUAAAGUCACAAUCACAAAUUAAAAACAUACAGAACUUUCAUUCAGUCAGUAUUGCAUGUAGUGAAUUGUGUCCAAAAACAGCGAACACGCCUCGAACCAGUCUCACUACAGACCUAGAAUGUUGCUAGCUCACAAACUUUUCCUAUUCUCCGCAUUUUAUGGUAAACCUUUAAAACUUUAGAGAUAAAAAAAUUACCGUCAACUCCUAAAUGGAAUGAACUGGCUAACCACCUGUUCGAGAAACAUUUCUAAAGUGCAGUGGUUGUUGAUGCUU